CCUUUGCCUCUUUAGUGAAAGUAUACGUAUUGUUCAGAUUGCAGAUCUGGGUUCCAAAUCAAGUCUAUUCAUAUUUCACUGAGAGUUUCCGCCUGCUGCCGCCGGUUGACGCCUGCCACCAGCCGCCGAUCGUUCGUCUUCCUCGUCGUCAGGGCAUGGGUUUAUGGACAUUGCUCGAGGGCUGCCUGCUUCUUGCAAAUGCACUUGCAAUAUUGAACGAAGACCGUUUCCUUGCUCCGAGAGGAUGGAGCUUCCAGGAAUAUUCAGGGGUCCGGAGAAAUUCAUUCAAGGGCCAGCUACUUGGUCUUAUUUAUGCGACUCAAUAUCUGAGAGUUCUUCUCAUACUCCUCAACACACUCUGUAUUGUUGUAAAGUUUGUAUCUGGAUGAUGAUUCUUGGGUGAGACACGAAAGUUCAUAGAUGGAUGGAUGCAGAAGCUUCCUUGAGGAAAAGCUGCAAGUCUAGUCACAUUUUGUUCGAAACCCUGAUAUAAACUGAUCUUCUUCUAUUAGUUCUAGAUUAAGAAUUGCUUUUCGGUCUUCGUGAACAACUGUUGUAAAAUAGGUCAUUAGUUCAACUACCUAUGCAUAGUAGUUUCUGCAGUUUUUUGAAUACAUGUGGAAUACUGUCCAUCUCUUCUUAGCAUUUGCUUAUCAGGAUGUUGUUUUAAUGUGAAACCAAUUCUUGUGAUGAAAGGGAGUCUUGUAGUUAGGAUUGUAAUGAUGAUGAGUAAAGCCCCUGUCUUUGACUUUAA